AUGAUUAUUCCCGUUCGUUGUUUCUCGUGUGGCAAGGUGAUUGGUAACAAAUGGGACAACUACCUUUCUUUAUUGCAGUCCGAUUACACUGAAGGUGAAGCAUUGGACGCACUCGGUCUCCAGCGAUACUGUUGCCGUCGAAUGGUCCUUACACACGUCGAUCUCAUUGAGAAACUUUUACACUAUAACCCAUACGAACGAGCCAAGAAGAGCCGUACUUGA